AUGGCCAAUCUCCCCUCACAGCACCCCACUCUCUCCAUCCACCUCAGCGACAUCACCCUCACGCCGCUGAUAACCUCGUCAUCCUCCCCCUCCCACCUCGACUCCCUAACCGCCCUGACCUCGAGCGCAUUGUCCUCCCAGACGGCCGCUCAGCGCGCACACCUCGGCCGCCCGCAGCGCAUCAUGAUCGAAUACCCAGACUCUGGCGCCGUGGUACUCCAGACAUAUCUUGACCCUCGCGAGUCCUCCUCGUCUGUCCCGUCUAGCCGGAGCACCACCCACAAGGACAUAGAUACCAUGACGUCGGGCACCACGGAUGAAGACACCGAAACGCAGCAGUCCCCCGACGACGCCGCACCCAUGUUGGUAGGCGUGGUCGUCGCGGGCUCGUCUGAGGAAGCGAGAGAGGCCAGGAGGGCCGCCGCGAGGCUGGAGAGAGUCGGGAGGGAGUUUCAGAAGGAGUGGACGGCACAACUCGAGAGAGGCGCUGGUGCGGAUUGA